AUGAUAACCUGCAAGUUUCCCUACCCAUAUAAUAUUUUAUCGGCUCGGCUUUGUCCAUGUGGUGGGUCUCCUAUUUUCUCUUUGUUCUUUGUGCUUCUUUUUUUUUAUUUUCUUCCAUUCCUUUCUUCUUUUUCUCUUCUCUGUAAUUCUACCAUUUUCUUUAUUUUUGUUUUUAUUAUCCUUUCAUAUUUUAUUCUGUUAUCUCUUCAUAUUCUCUAUACUUCCAUUAUUUCUUUUCUUUUCUUUCUGUUUCUUUUAUCUUCUUUUCCUUUCUCUUUCUCAAUGUUUUUCUUUCCUUUCUGUUUUUCUUUGUCUUUCUUUUUCACUUUUCUUCACUUACUCUUUUUCAUUUUUCUCUUUUUCAUUUUCUAUCAUUUAUUUCUGUCUUUCUUUAUUCUUGAUAUUAAUCAUUUUCAUUUCUUUCUUAGGUUUCUUCUCUUUCACUUUAUAUUCAUUCACUGUCUUUUUCCUCCAGUUCUUCUGUACAUUUUACAUUUCUUCAAUCUAUUUUUGUCUUGCCUCUGCUUUCAUUUUUCUUUCUUUCUUUUUUCUUUCUUCAUUUCAUUCAUGUUUUUCCUUCUUUUUCUCUUCUCUUCUAUUUUCUUAUUCUGGUUGUAUUCUUCUUCUCAUCUUUUUUCUUCUUCUCUUUUCUUUUUCAUAGUUUUCUUCUAUUUUCUCCUUUUGGUUAUUUCUUCUUUCUCAUCUUAUACUUUCUUCUUCUUCUUCUUAACUUUAUAUUGUCUUCUUACUCUUAUUUUGUCAUUUCUUUGUUUUAUACUGUUCUUCCUUAUAAUUGUAAUCUUACUCAAACCACCUUUCUCAUUUGUUCUUCCCUAA